UGCUGUCUCAAAGGCAUUCUAAUUUACUUUAAUUAUUUAUUUAUUUAUUUAUUAAUAGUCCUUUAAUUUUUUUAUCUAUAAAUAAAGAGCAGUCAUUUAUUACAAAACAUACUAAAUUGUAAUCACGGUGAUAAUGCAUCUUCAACCUUUCUCUGUGUUUGUUGCUCUUCUUCUCUUUCUAAUGCACUUCCUAAUAGCUUCUGCAGUCCGAAAUGAUUCUGUUCUGUGCAAAGAGAGGGAGAGAGAAGCACUCCUUAGCAUAAAACGUGGCCUUAUAGACCACGAUGGUCGUCUCUCUUCUUGGGGAAGUGAAGAAGACAAAAGAGAUUGUUGCAAAUGGACUGGCAUCACUUGCAGCAACCGAACAGGUCAUGUUACAGAGCUUUAUCUUAUGCGCAUGGAUUUGGGAAGUAAGAUGAGCCAUUCCUUGCUUGAUCUGAGACAUCUGACUUCCUUGGAUUUAUCUGUUAAUGAUUUUGGUGGCACUCAGUUUCCAAUUGAUAAAAAUGGUUCUCUCACCAAGUUGAGAUACUUAGAUCUGGCAAAUGCUAAUUUCGGUGGAACUAUGUCUUCUGUGCUGAGGAAUCUGUCUAGCUUGCAAUUUCUUGAUCUGAGAUAUAAUCAUUUUAUUGAUAUUGGAAACAGCGAUUGGGUUUCUGGUCUCUCCUCUUUAACUACACUUGAUCUAACUAGAAUUCCACUGGUUAACCCCAACCAUUGGUUGCAGAUAGUUAACAAUUAUAAGCUCCUUCACCUUCAAACAUUACGGCUAGAAUCUUGCUUUUCUGGAGAUGAGAUUAAUACUCUGCCACUUUCCCCUAUCAAUUCUUCUUCCGCUCUUACAGAGAUCUCUCUCUUUGACAACAACUUUGUGAUUCCUUCUGACAACAACUUUGUGAUUCCUUCAAUAUAUCCAUGGUUGUCUAACAUCUCCCAGAAUAUCCAAUUUCUUGAUCUUUCUUCUAACAUUUUAUAUGGUUCAGCUCUUGCUGAUUUUGAUAAAAUGAUUUCUCUUCCAUAUAUUAAUCUCUCUAAUACUACAAUUGGGGGCUAUAUUCCAAAAUCCUUUGGGAACAUGUCUCAGUUGAGUGUUCUACACCUAUCACAUAACAAGUUCAACAUGAAACUUUUUGACUUGAUCCAAAAUCUAUCCGGAUUUACUGAGAGAUCUUUGGAGACAUUAUCUUUGGACCACAAUCAAAUAGGAGGUUCAUUGCCUGAUCUUGCAAGAUUUUCAUCUUUAAGAAAUUUAUUUCUCGGAAACAAUCAUUUGAAUGGGACCAUAAGUAAAAGCAUUGGAUGUCUGUCUCAACUCGAACAAUUUGACAUCAACUCGAAUUCAUUGAGUGGUGUUAUCUCCGAACAUCAUUUCUCAAAUAUGUCAAAAUUAUUUUUAUUGGAUUUAUCAGGUAAUUCUCUAAUUUUGAAUAUAAGUGUCAACUGGGUUCCCCCUUCCAGCUUAAGAUGUAUCUUUCUUGCAUCUUGCAAGAUUGGGCCUCAUUUCCCAAAAUGGCUUCAUAGUCUAAAUACUUAUUUUGCGCUUGAUAUUUCAAAUGCUGGAAUUUCUGAUUUUGUUCCUAACUGGUUUUGGGGUUUCUCUUCAGUUUCUUCAUAUUUAAAUCUUUCGAAUAAUCUAUUUUCUGGAGUGAUUCCUCGUGAUUUUAUGAAUAUGCAAAAUUUAGUGUUCUUGAAUUUGGCCAACAAUAAUUUGUCUAGCAAAAUUCCUUUUUCUAUUGGAUUCCUUUUUAAACUCCAAACACUAAAUUUAAAAAAUAAUAAAUUUUCAGGAGAGUUGCCUUUUUCUUUAAGGAAUUGCACUAAUUUAAAAUUCAUUGACCUAAGUGGUAACAAAUUGUCUAGUAAUGUACCUAUUUGGUUUGGAAAAAGCUCAUCAUCUUUGCAAUAUCCUUUGCAAUAUCUUAGCCUACGAUCCAACCAAUUCUCUGGAAGCAUGCCCUUACAGUUGUGCCAAUUGACAAAUGUUCAGAUAUUAGAUCUCUCUAUAAACAAUAUCAAUGGAACCAUACCAAAUUGCUUGAACAAUUUAAGAGCCAUGAUUGAUGAGAAUUCUAAUGAGACCAUUCUCCAUGACUAUGGCUGGCUUAUACAGCUUGGCGUUUCUAAAAUUGUUUCUACAUAUAAUGACGAGGCGUUGGUUCUUUGGAAGGGCUCAGAGUAUAUAUUAGAUAAAAAUCUUGGACGAUUUAGGAUAAUUGAUCUUUCAAGUAACAAAAUAGAAGGAGAGAUUCCAAGAGAAAUAGCAAUCCUCUCAAGUCUUAGGCAAUUGAACUUGUCCAAUAACAAGUUGAGUGGUGCAAUUCCUAAAGAAAUUGAUGGCUUGAAGCAAUUAGAGUCGCUUGAUCUGUCUCAAAAUCAACUAUCAGGCAGACUUCCUGCAAGCAUCUCUAAUUUAAAUUUUUUGAAUACCUUGAAUUUGUCACAUAAUAAUUUUCUUGGAAAAAUUCCAUCGGGUACUCAACUGCAGACCUUUAAUGCUUCUACAUAUAGUAAUAAUCCAGCACUUUGUGGGUCUCCACUUCCACAAAAAUGUCCAGAAGACAAUAUUCAAGAUUCUCCAUCCAGUCAUGAUGAUCAUGAUAAUCAAGAAGAUGAAUUCAACAAAUCGCUUUACCUUGGUAUGGGAGUUGGAUUCGCCGUAGGCUUUUGGGGUGUUUCUGGCGUUUUAUUGUUAAAGCGUUCUUAUAGACAUGCUUUUUUUAAGUUCGUGGAUGAUUUGAAAGAUUGGAUUUAUGUAAGAACAGUAAUAUACAUGAAGAAAUUGCAGCAAAUCAAGGUAAGAUUUAGUCUUACUCUUCCUGUUUAAA